AUGCUUUAUGUGGAGAUAGAUGAGGUACGGUUGAAAGGUGAAUGUGAACAAAAUGUUGAAGAAGAACCUAUAAUUCUUGCUGGUGAAAGUGGUGUUGGAGGUAGUAGAAAGCGAGAUGGGAUAGAUUAUGAUGAUUGUGUUAUGUUGAGCCCUAAUUUUAAGAGUAGAGUUGGGAGUAAUAAUGUGGCAGAAGUUAUACAUAUUUCUGACAGUGAACAUUCUAGUGGUCUUAGGGAUGUUAUUGUGACUAAAUGUGAUGGUGAUCGUGAUGAUGGUGGUGAUGAUUUGGCCCUUGAGGUAGUAGCAGACUCUCGGUUUUCGAAUUCUGUAUUCAGUUUCAGUGAUGGAUUAAAUAUCACAAUUGGCCAUGAGUUUGACAAUAAGGAAGCAUCACAAGAAUUUGUUCACAAGGGUGCAACUAUGGGUCGUUUUCGUUACACUACACUGAAGUCCGAUAAAAAGUUGUGGGAAAUAAGAUGCAAAUUUGCUGAAUCGGGCUGUAAUUGGAAGUUGCGGACGACAUUGAUUUUAAACUCGGAGCGUUGGAGUGUAAGAAAACACAAUCCCAUGCAUAGCUGCAAACCCGUAUCUGAAACAAGUGAAGCUUUGAGGGGUACAAAGAAAUUGGUUCGGGUUUAUUUGAAAGAAGAAUUCCCCGGUAAACUUGAUAGUACGCCUUCAGCACAUAAAAUUGUAGAUAGGAUAAAAGCCAAGUACGGUACAACCGUAACAUAUUUGACGGCAUUACGAGGCAAACACAAAGUUGAAAGUGAGAUUCGAGGUGAUCCUGCAGAGCAUUUCAGAAAGCUUCCUAGGUGGUUGCAUAUGUUGCAAAAGAGAAAUCCUGGAACAAUUGUCGGUCUUGAGUUGGACAAAGAUGGCAAAAGUUUCAAAUAUCUCUUCUUCGCAUUGGGUGCAGCGGUAAGAGGAUGGAAUUACAUGCGUAAAGUGGUUGCGAUUGAUGCAACAUUUCUCACAGGACAAUACAAGGGUACAUUGAUCGUUGCAACAGUACAAGACGGUGACCACCACCUAUAUCCGAAUAUAAUAAAGGCCGUCAGCGAAGUGUACAAAGAGGCAGGGCACGGAUUUUGUGCAAGACAUAUAGCGCAAAAUUUGAAAGUCAAGGUUAACAGAGGCAUGGGAAGGAAAAGUUCGAGAGGUGAGACCGUUGCCGAACGGGUCUUCAGAUGCGCGGAAGCUUAUACGUUGAACGAAUUUGAAGACAUGUUUACUGAUAUGAAGGACAGGUAUCCCAAAGUUGCGGAGUAUAUGCAGAAAGAAGAACUUGAUCCCGAGAAAUGGGUGAGGUGUAAAUUUAAGCGUGAAAGGUACAAUUUAUUGACAACAAAUGCUGCGGAAUCAAUAAAUUCUGUAAUGAAAAAGGCAAAAAGAUUUCCGGUGCUGGGCCUUCUGGAUAUGUGUGUCUCCAAAACCGUGGAAUGGUUCGAUAGAUAUAGAGUGGAAGAAGGAUGUGCCGAUGAUUCAAAAAAAAUGACACCGCAUGUUGACAAAGUGUUGCAUGAGAGGUAUGAAACUGCAUGUACGUAUGAUGAAGUCAUUGUGCUAAACACUGUUACAGAGGAGUUUGAAGUGACGGGUGAAAAGGGUAGAAAACACUUUGUUAGCAUUGAAGAUAGAACGUGCAGCUGUAGGGUGUUUGAUAUCGAUAAGAUCCCAUGCAGCCAUGCAAUUGCAGCGCUUCAUAAGAUUGGUAAAGCGAAUAUUAUCGAUGACCCGGAUGUUGCAAAUCUUGUGGUUAUGCCUCCUAUAAUGGAUGAGAAACGACCAUGUGAGAGACCUAAACAAAAUCGGUAUCCUGCUCCUAGUGAAGCACGGAAGAGAAUCAAAUGUGUAGCGGGAACAUCAACAUCGGCAAUGUCAGAGAGAACGACUAUUUUGGAGUGA